GGCCGUUGGCGGCGGUCGGAGGUUACCGAAGGCCUGACAUCGGUGUGGAACUUGAGCCCGUGAGUUAUGGUGGGGAGAUCCCGGCGGCGCGGAGCGGCCAAGUGGGCAGCUGUGCGAGCCCAGGCUGGUCCCGGCCCCGAGGACGAAAAUGAAGACGAUUCAGAAUUGCCACCCUCGCCUGGGGACUCCAGCUACUACCAAGAUGAGGUAGACGAUUUCCAUGAGGCCCGAUCCCGGGCUGCCUUGGCUAAAGGCUGGGGCGAAGUGGAGAGUGAGGAGGAGGAGGAGGACGGUGAUGAGGAGGAAGAGGUUCUACCCCUAGAUAUUGCUGAUGAGGACGAUGAAGAUGGGGAGAGCGCGGGGGAUGACGCGGAUGGCGAUGACGAUGGCGGGAGCUCCGUGCAGAGUGAGGCCGAGGUGUCCGUGGAUCCCAGUUUGUCGUGGGGUCAGAGGAAAAAACUUUACUAUGACACAGACUACAGUUCCAAGUCCCGACGCCGACAGAGUCAGCAAGAAGUAGAGGAGGAGGAAAGAGAGGAGGAAGAGGAAGCGCAGCUCAUUCAGCGGCGCCUCGCGCAAGCCCUGGAAGAGGAUGACUUUGGGGUCAGCUGGGUUGAGGCCUUUGCAAAACCAGCACCUCAGGUGGAUGAGGCUGAGACCCGCGUCGUGAAGGAUCUGGCGAAAGUUUCAGCGAAAGAGAAGCUGAAGAUGCUGCGGAAGGAGUCACCAGAGCUCUUGGAGCUUAUAGAAGACCUGAAGGUUAAGCUGACUGAAGUGAAAGAUGAGCUGGAGCCGCUGCUGCAGUUGGCGGAGCGAGGGGUCGUUCCACCCGGAAAGGGGAGCCAGUACCUGAGGACCAAGUACAACCUCUAUUUGAACUACUGCUCCAACAUCAGCUUUUAUUUGAUCCUGAAAGCCAGGAGGGUCCCCGCGCAUGGACACCCCGUCAUAGAGAGGCUUGUCACCUACCGCAGUUUGAUCCACGAGCUGUCAGUUGUAGAUCAGAAGCUGUCUUCCGAAAUUCGUCAUCUGCUCACGUUUAAAGAUGAUGCGGGGAAGAAAGGACUGACGUCGAGAACAAAAUCCACCAAGGCCAAGCCAAAAUCCGUUUCAGAGACUACUGCUGCUGCCUCUGCUGUGGCAGCUACGGCUGAUGAUUCCGAUCUUGAUGAAGAAGCUGCGCCGAAAUUCUACAAGGAAACGGAAGACAAGCAGAAGCUGAAGAGGAAGAAAGAAGAAAAUAGCGUCGACGAACAGACUCUUGAAGAUCAGAAUGCGAAGAGAGCCAUUACCUAUCAGAUCGCUAGAAAUAGAGGACUUACCCCUAGAAGAAAGAAGAUCGAUCGCAAUCCCAGAGUGAAACACCGGGAAAAGUUCAGAAGAGCCAAAAUCCGCAGGAGAGGGCAAGUUCGUGAAGUCCGGAGAGAAGAGCAGCGUUACACUGGUGAACUCUCUGGCAUUCGUGCGGGAGUUAAAAAGAGCAUUAAGCUUAAAUAACGUUUUCACUUAGCUUAAGUUUUUCGGCAAUAAUUUUAGAUCAAUACGUUUUUUAUCUUUAACUGGUGAAGUGAUCGGAUUGAUAAUACCUAACCUUAGAUUUAAAAAAUUCUUGUCAACAGGGAAAUUUGGUUUGUUGCUCAAUUUUUUUGUUGUUGUUCUUUAAUUGAUAUUCAAGUCAUACUAGGAAUUUGGGCAGCAAUACAAAAGUGCUUGGUAAAAGGUGGUGUGGGCCAGAGUUCUCCAAUAUUCUGUCAAGUAGUCGCCUAGGAAAGUUUCCUGGGUGGUGAAGGAACAACUGUCAAACUUAGAACACUUUUAUAAUUUUUCUUGUGAAGAGAAUGCACCUUUGGAAUCAUCUUAUUUGUAAGAUGGCCUAUAAAAUAGUUCUGACAUACUCAUUUCAUUUACCUGAGUGUAAUUCUUGAGCAGGAUACUUGUAACUAACAGGUCUAAUGUCAGCUUAAGGAUUUUGUACAUUCUGUGUGGUAAAAGCUUAGGAAUGAAGAGGAACUUUAGUUAAAAGUAGAAAAAGACACGACUUAAUUACAUUAAUUGUGAACAUUUUCUGAUCGUCCUUAAUGUGAUAAAUAAGGUAAAAGUUUCAUUUUCAGUACUGUACUGGGGACUUCCAACAGUUGCCGUUUGUACACUCUACUUGAGGAAAAUUUGGUAGGAUUACUGUGAGGUGAGUGACAAGUUCAAGUGGUAAAAAAGA